CUGCAGUCAUGCUGCAGUUGCUUCCAUUCUUGUGUCCUGUUCUGGAGAGCUGCCUGUGUGGAGACCUUCCAGCCUCAGGGCAGAGAAACACUUGGAAGACCAAGGAUCCUCAGUAAAACACCCACCACUGCUCUACUGCAGCUGAAGAUGGACAUAUUGUGCUGAAUCCUUUCGACUGUGGUAAGAAGAAAAGCUACAGCACAAAAUUCUGCUUCAGACGUGCCCACUCAGCACCACGAUGUCUGGAAAGGAUAAGAGUGGUGCUGAAGGCAGCGCUGGGUCCUCCAUUCUAUGCCAAAUAGACUCCGAGUUUCGCUACAAACUCUUCACCAUUUUCUACAGCAUCAUUUUCAUUCUGGGCUUUGUUGCCAACUGCUAUGUGCUCUGGAUUUUCAGCCGUAUUUACCCCACCAAGAAACUCAAUGAAAUUAAGAUAUUCAUGGUGAACCUGACAGUAGCUGACCUGCUCUUCUUGAUUACGAUGCCAAUGUGGAUUAUUUACUAUAGCAACAAUGGAGACUGGAUCAUGCCUGAGUUCCUCUGUAAUGUGGCUGGUUGUUUAUUUUUUGUUAACACUUACUCUUCUGUUGCCUUUCUGAUGGUCAUCACAUACAACCGUUACCAAGCCGUGACUAAUCCCAUUAAAGCUGCUCAGUUUACCACCCAGAGAAGGGGUAUCUACAUAUCAGCAGCUAUCUGGAUCAUAACAGUGGGCAGCUCCUUGUAUUACCUUUUUGACAAAAAUACUAAUCAGGAGGAGAUGAAUCUGAGGAAUUUCACGCGGUGCUUUGAGCGCUAUAAGCCUUCUGGCAGUGUUUCAGCUGUUCUUGCCAUUCAUAUAAUCAUCUGCGUCCUCUUCUAUAUAAUUUUCCUUUUUAUACUAGGCUGGAACAUCAUCAUUAUCAGGACCCUGUUCUCCAAAUCAGUGCAGCCACAGAAGAGAGCUCACGUCAAGCAAAGGGCGCUCUGGAUGGUUUGCAUGGUGCUGGGUGUGUUCAUCAUAAGCUUUGUCCCUCAUCACAUAGUGGACCUGCCCUGGACCCUGACUGUUCUGGAGCACUGGAAGAAGGAAGACUGUCACUUGCGCCAACUCCUCAAUGAUGCUCACCAGGUGACUUUGUGCCUCUUGAGUAUGAACUGUGUGUUGGACCCAAUCAUCUACUGCUUCCUCACCAAGAAGUUCCAGAAGCAUCUUUCAGAAAACCUGAAAAGCAUGAAAGGGAGCCGCAAGUGCUCCAGGCAAACCACAGACACAGGGAUUGAGGGCACCAUUCACCAAGAGGAUGCCAUCAGGAUCUAGGUCAGUUCUGUUCUGACUGCAGACUGAGGUGCAUGAAUUAGUCACUCAUCUUCUCGAGAAGAAGCACUGAGGAACACAACAGAGGACCAGGAUAUUAUGGCUUUUUUUCCCCAUUAGAAAGAUGAAUGGAUGGAUGCUCAUUUCUUCUAUCCCAUGCAACUGGCAGAACUGGGACCUGUAAUAACCUGGCAGAAAAGCACCUUCUGCCUGGGCUGAUGUUCUUGCGGGCACUGAUAACAGCUCAGAGGAUCUGCUUUUACAUGAAAGAAAUAGGUCACUGGGUCUCUGCAGUGAGCAGCUAGAAGCUAAGUGCACUGAAGUUACCCACUGUGUCAGCCCAGGUAGCACCAUCCCUGGUUCUUUGCCUGCUCAGCUCCCACAAAGAAUCUGGUAUCAGACCUGUAAGAGGCUGCUAAAAGACCUAGAAGAACAGACUGAGUUGCUAGCAUCAUCAAGUGACUUUUCCAAGAAGCUUGCCUUGUUCUGUGAGGAGAGACUGAGCUGAAGAAGCUCCUGAGGGGCUAGAAGUCCAAGGAGUUCCUCAAAUGCCAUCAGAGAGAUCUGCACCUCUGAUCCCUUCUUACCUACUUGCAUGGUCUGCUGGGGUCUAUCCUUUGACCGAUGUCUGAGAGUAGCUAUUACAAAUUUUAGCCUUUGCUUCCAGCUCUUGAAUCAGUCAAGUGACUGAACUAGUAGGCAGGAACAGGAAGAGAAAUUGGCAGUGCCUCAGCCCCCACCCCCAGAGCAGCAUUAUGUCCAAAGGGGACUGUGGCCCGCCCUGGCUUCUUGUAUGAUAGUGGGGCUGGCAAACCAGUGGCCUCUUACCCUCAGUUUAGUAAUUUGUGGCUGACUCCACAUGUCUGUGGAAAUCCAAUCUCACUUUGGAGGCUCCAAAUAACAGAAGAUUAUUUUCAGCAUGGGCAUUAUGAUACGAAAAAAAAAAAAAAGCUUACAAUGCUUCAGUAUUUUUGUUCUUAUUUAUUUAAAUUAGGGUUGUAGCAAGCAACUGUACAUUAUUCCUUCCCCCAGCUUUUCUAUUUCUGCUUUGAAGAAAUGAAGCUGCUGAGUUCUUGAUAUCCUACCACAAGUGAAGUAUUAGGUCAGGUCAUGGCCACUUUCUGAGUAAAUCAGUGCUGCGCAGUGAUACAGGACACUUGGCAGAAAAUGAACUCAUGCACUCCAGCAAGACUGGAGACUCCUCACUCAGGGCUGGCUGCAGCCAGUUGGGAACCAGGGCAAAGUGAUUUUCCAGGGGUGCUGAGUUCUGUUACUAAUCAUGAGGUGCUUGAGGUUCCUCUUCUGACCCAAAUUGCUCAAUCCAGCACAGGAAAUUGGGCAGGAAAGGGAACUUACUUGUUUUCACAACGGUUUUUGGUUCCCUAAACUAUAUAGCAGAGUUUGUUGAUGACAGAAAAAGUGUAUCUAUCUGACCUGUGACACUGAUUAAUCAUAUGCAAGGUCAGGAGUCUUCUUACACCCACCAGAAAAUGUGAAAGACAAGCUCGGGUCUUUCCAAAGACAGGAGCAAUGUUUGUAUCAGACUUUGCCUAGAUUCAGUGGAGAUAUGGGUCCUUCAGAUGUAUGACCUGAAGCUCCUCAGGCAGCUUUUAUGCUUAUUUGGGCAAAUGAGCAAAAGAACCAAGGUGUUUCUUUUUCUAACGCCAUCUGUCAGGGCCAGCCAUGCACCCCAGGCCCAGUGCCAGGCGGAGGAAAGAGCCUGAUCACAACGUGAAUGCAUUUCCCUCCUGGUCCUGGACUCUGCUCCAGUAAUGGCCACCCAUAAAGGGCACCUGCUGGCACCUCCUGGCAGAGAGAUCAUUCCCUGACUAGGUCCCUCAGCCACGUUCAAAGCUUUGCCCUGGAUGUGCAGCCAUCCAAGCCGUAGCACACAGCAAGGGGGGCGAUUUCUGUAAUUUAAAAGCCUAAAUCCCGCUUGCUGGAGGAACCUCGGUAUUUCUGCCCUCCCCAGACGGCCAGUUGUGGCUGAGGAGCUCUUGCAGCUGGCAGACGGGGUGGAGCUUUCCCCUCUUCCCCUUGCCAUAGCGGAGCUCUCUUGCUUCACAGCCCCUAAAGCACCGAACAGAUGGAGUUUGGGAACUCUUAGAGCAAAUGGAAAGGGAUUUUAUGUGGAGAUCUGGUAAAUGCGUGAUCUCUUGCUGACUCCUGGAAAGCUUGCAACAGAGUUUACAGUAUAGGCUGCUUACUGUGGGUAAAUAACUUGCUUUACUCCACAGAAAACAGCUGUAAGGCCAGCGUGGGCUCAGAGGGCAAAUGUAGACUGGCAUUUAAGGAAAAGGGUAGGUGGAGGAAAAAGCCCCAAGGAUGCUUCAGGAGGAUAUGUUGCAGUAAUUACGACAGUAGCAAUGCGCUUCUAAAAACCAGCCUGAGCUUCUACUUCUGUUCCUGGAAUUAUGCGGUUUUACCACAAUGUUGUGUUACUCCGCUUUACUUUGCAAUAAAAUGCAUCCUCAAAAAGUUCUUUUAAAUAAAGCGUAUUCC